AUGGCGCCAUAUUUUGGUCUUCGCGGGUCUUCAUUGAAUAGGGCUAUCAUGUGGUUGGUUGUUUGUCCAGCCUUUGUGACUUAUGGAUACAAUCAAGGUGUGAUGGGAGGUCUAUUGACCCUGGAAUCCUUCGUCGAGACCUUCCCACAAAUGAACACACUCACUGCAACUGAUGCAGAGAAGACUUAUAACUCGACCAUUCAAGGAACGGUGGUCGCACUAUAUACCGUUGGUGGAAUAUUUGGUUCGCUGUCAUGCAUCCAAUUCGGCGAUAGGCUCGGCCGCCGGAAGGUCAUUCUAUUCACCUCUUUCAUUUCGAUGAUUGGCGCUAUCUUGAUGGCAACAUCCUUCUCCCUUCCACAAUUUAUCGUCGCACGACUCGUCCUCGGCUAUGGCACCGGCGGUUAUGUUGCUACAGUACCCGUCUGGCAGUCCGAGAUCUCGAAGCCCAACAAGCGUGGCGCGCACGUAGUAACAGACGGAAUCUUCAUCGGCGCCGGUAUCACUUUCUCCCUCUGGGUCGACUUCGGGUUUUACUUCGUUAAGACCAAUUCGGUUUCCUGGCGAUUCCCCUUGGUCUUUCAGGUUCUGCUAUCAUUGAUGGUCAUGAGCUUUGUGAUGUUCUUCCCCGAGUCACCCCGGUGGCUGGUAAAAAGAGGUCGCAUCGAAGAGGCACGGGAGAUUCUGGCAGCGCUGGACGACGUCGACCCUCGGUCGGAGCAGAUCACUCUGGACAUUCGCGAUAUCGAGACUUCCUUGGCACUUUCCGGAACGGGUUCGUGGAAGGAUAUGCUGAAGAUGGGGGAGCAGCGAUUGUUACACCGCACUGUUCUCGCCUGUAUGGGUCAGAUGUUCCAGCAGAUGUGUGGGAUCAAUCUGAUCACCUUCUAUGCCACAACCAUUUUCGAACAAUAUCUCAAGCUCGAUCCCGUCCAGUCUCGUAUCCUCGCAGCAUCCAUGUGCCUAACACAGCCGCUAGGCGGCUUACUGGCCUAUUUUACCAUCGACCGUCUCGGUCGCCGUGUGCUUAUGUUAUGGAGUGCUGUCGGGAUGUCAAUAUCAAUGGCCAUCCUAGCUGGCACUACUUCCCUGCAGGAUAACACGGGCAGUUUGGUUGCCGCCGUGGUAUUCCUUUUCGUCUUCGAAUUCAUCUUCACAGUUGGCUACUCCGGUUUAACAUUCCUGUACGCGACAGAGGUCGCUCCACUGCAGUGCCGAGCAUCUAUCAGCGCCAUAUCCGCUGCCGCCGUGUGGACGUUCAACUUCCUUCUCGCUGAGGUGACGCCUGUCGGCUUCGCUACCAUUGACUGGGAGUACUAUAUUAUAUUCGCCGUUCUGAAUGCAGCCAUCGUGCCAACUGUGUAUUUCCUCUUCCCGGAGACCAACGGCCGCACCCUCGAAGAAAUCGAUGAGAUCUUCUUGCAGUCGCGCAGUAUCUUCGAUCCGCCCCGCAUUGCUCGAUCGCUUCCCCGAAUGCACGUUGCCGAGGCUCAUGGUCUGGAUGCCAAGGAGGUCGGAAGUGGUGAUGAGGCCAUGGCUGAGAAGCUAAAGGAGCAGACCAUUCACGAAGAUAUGAGAUGA